AUGUCGAGUGAGCUGAAUCCCAACAAAGAGGAGUCUUUGAAGACACACCCCGAUCGUGUUCCAGCGGAUUCUCCCGAACGGCCUGCUCGGACUCGCAGGUUUCAGGAAAUCAACGACGCCUACUAUACGCUAUCGGAUCCUACGCGCCGGCGCGAAUACGACGAAAUACGCAGUUACCAGGAAGAGGAAGCUUCGCCAGAGGAAGAUAUUCCUCGAGGCGGUGCUGGGGGGUUCCCAUGGUCGACGUUCGGCUUUGGCGCCUCGGCAGACAGGGACCAGCGUAAUUCCGAGCAGUUUGGAUCGGUCUUCGAAGAGAUGCUGCGCGAAGAAGGGCUUGCCGAGGAAGAAGGGCGGACGACCACGCCUACAAGCCGGUUCUGGGCGAUUGUUGGCGGGGUCAGUGGUGGUGCCCUCGGGUUCAUCGUCGCCAACGUCCCGGGCGCGCUGGCGGGCGCCGUCGCAGGCAACAGGUUGGGUGCUGUGCGAGACGCCAAGGGGAAAAGUGUCUAUGAGGUUUUCUUGGAGUUACCACAGAACGAUCGGGCGCGACUUCUAAGACCAAACCGCCCUUUACAGGGAACGAUCUGUCUAUUUGACGUGGAUCUCACUUUGACAUUCCCUAGACAGACAGUCACACCGGAAAUGCUCGAGCUCUUGUCUCGAUUGCGCCACAAAUGUGCAAUUGGAUUCGUUGGCGGCUCCAACCUCGUCAAGCAGCAAGAGCAACUCGGUUCUGGCUCGGUUGACGUGACCUCUCUCUUCGAUUUCUCCUUCGCCGAAAACGGGUUAAUCGCGUACCGUUUGGGAAAGCCCUUGACGGGAAAUAGCUUCAUCCAAUGGCUUGGAGAAGAGAAGUAUCAGAACUUGGCCAACUUUUGUCUCAAGUACAUUGCCGAUCUCAAAAUUCCCAAGAAGCGCGGCACCUUCGUUGAGUUCCGGAACGGCAUGAUCAACGUGAGCCCUAUUGGCAGGAACGCAAGCACGGAGGAAAGAAACGAGUUUGAAGCCUAUGACAAGGUGCACAACAUUCGCAGAGACAUGGUGGACGCGAUGAAGAGAGAAUUCUCCGAUUACGGCCUUACUUUCUCGAUCGGUGGACAGAUCUCCUUUGAUAUCUUCCCUACCGGAUGGGACAAGACCUACUGCCUUCGGCAUGUCGAGGCCGAAAAAGAUAUAUCCGGUGCCGACUACAAGACCAUUCACUUCUUCGGAGACAAGUGCUUCCUCGGGGGCAACGACUAUGAAAUCUACAGCGAUCCGAGAACGAUCGGCCACGCAGUCAAGGACCCCUCUGACACCAUGAAGCAGCUUCAAGAGCUAUUCCAGUUAUAA